AAGAGGGCUGGUAUAUUUGUGCCUGCUGGAGGUGGAAUUAACAGUUAGAAGGAGAAAGGGAUUGAAUGGACUUACAGGAAGGUUUUCAAGUAAAUUCAGGGAAACACAUUUACUUGAAUAGGACAACCUUGAGUCUUAUUUUACACUAAGACGACACAAAAGAUGUUAAAGUUAUCACCAAGCUGCCGGACAAAUAUAUAUUCCAACACCAAGGUGCAGAUCAGCAUAGAUCUGUGAUUCAGAAAUCAGGAUUUGUCUUGGAAAGAGCUCAAGGGUUGAGAAGAACUCAAGAGCAAGUGAAGAUAACUUUGGGAACUACAGUUUAUCAGAAGAUCAACUUUCCUUGAUUCAAAUACCAAAGGCCUGAUUACCAUAAAUUCCUAUAGGAAUGCAUAGGUCAUCUGAUCAAAUAAUUUUAUCCGUCUUCUGCUACAUCAAUGCAGCAAAAACUCUUAACAACUGUGGAUAAUUGGAAAUCCAAGUUUCAGCUUUCUUAGAAAUAACUAUUCUUGACAUAUUCCAAAAUAUUUAAAAUAGGACAGGAAAAUCAGUGAGGAUGUUAUGUUCUGAAAUGUCACUGUCAUGAAGAAUAGGUAAAUUUGUUUUUUCAGCUACUGGGAAAACGCACCUCCUAGGAACUUAGUUUUUUUUUUUUUUUUUUUUUUUUAAAGAGGACAAGAAGGACUAAAAAUAUCAACUUUUGCUUUUGGACAAAAAUGCAUCUGACUGUAUUUCUACUUAGGAGUAUUGUGGGUUUCCUCUGGAGCUGCUGGGUUCUAGUGGGUUAUGCAAAAGGAGGUUUGGGAGACAAUCAUGUUCACUCCAGUUUUAUUUAUAGAAGACUACGGAACCACGAAAGACGGGAAAUACAGAGGGAAAUUCUCUCUAUCUUGGGUUUGCCUCAUAGACCCAGACCAUUUUCACCUGGAAAACAAGCUUCCUCUGCACCUCUCUUUAUGCUGGACCUAUACAAUGCUAUGGCCAAUGAAGAAAAUCCCGAAGCAUCGGAAUACUCAGUGAGGGCAUCCCUGGCAGGAGAGACCAGAGGAGCAAGAAAAGGAUACGCAGCUUCUCCCAAUGGGUAUCCUCGUCGCAUACAGUUAUCUCGAACGACUCCUCUGACCACCCAGAGCCCACCUCUAGCCAGCCUACAUGAUACCAACUUUCUGAACGAUGCUGACAUGGUCAUGAGCUUUGUCAAUUUAGUUGAAAGAGACAAAGAUUUUUCUCACCAGCGAAGGCAUUACAAAGAAUUCCGGUUUGAUCUGACUCAAAUUCCUCAUGGGGAAGCAGUGACAGCGGCUGAAUUCCGAAUAUACAAGGACCAGAGCAAUAGUCGAUUUGAAAAUGAAACCAUUAAGAUUAGCAUAUAUCAGAUCAUCAAGGAAUACAGCAAUAGGGAUGCAGAUCUGUUCCUGUUAGACACAAGAAAGGCCCAAGCUUUAGAUGUGGGUUGGCUUGUCUUCGAUAUCACUGUGACCAGCAAUCAUUGGGUAAUUAAUCCACAGAAUAACUUGGGUUUACAACUCUGUGCAGAAACAGGAGAUGGACGCAGUAUCAAUGUGAAAUCCGCGGGUCUUGUGGGAAGACACGGGCCUCAGUCGAAACAACCGUUCAUGGUGGCCUUCUUCAAGGCAAGCGAGGUACUCCUUCGAUCCGUGAGAGCCGCUAACAAACGGAAAAAUCAAAACCGCAAUAAAUCCAGCUCUCAUCAGGACUCCUCCAGAAUGUCCAGCGUUGGAGAUUAUAACACAAGUGAACAAAAACAAGCCUGUAAGAAGCAUGAACUCUAUGUGAGUUUCCGGGAUCUGGGAUGGCAGGACUGGAUUAUAGCACCAGAAGGAUAUGCUGCAUUUUAUUGUGAUGGAGAAUGUUCUUUUCCACUCAAUGCCCACAUGAAUGCCACCAACCAUGCCAUAGUUCAGACUCUGAAUGAUUGCUUUGCGAAGCUGCCAAGGCCAUUGAAAUAAGGGGUUAUCAAUCAUGUAUGUGUGGGUUAUGUAAGAUCAAGCUGAUGAGGGACACAAGCCUGCAUCUGAAAUUUGUCCAAACUAUCCAACUUUUAGUUUUGUGAGGUCCUAGGAAAUUUCAAGUUCAUGUCAGAUCACCUCAUUUUUCCUGCUGUUUCUGUCCACAUGCAGGGCUCCUAUAUCAUUUCAGCCAGGACAUUGUGCAGCCAAAACUCUAAGAGGCUGUAUUUGCUUUUUGUGGAUCCCUUAAGACUCAUCAGUAGGACUUCCCAUAAACUCCUUUGGGGGAAGGGCCUGGGUAGCUGGGUGGGAAAGGGGGAACC